ACAUAUAUAACAAAGAUAGAAGGUCCUAAUGGCGUUGAUGUUUCGCUUCCCGAACGUAGCCAUGAUCGAUCGUAAGCGUAAUUUACAAACAGUUUCGUCAAACGCCUUUGUAUAGUUGAUUUUUCGGAAGUUAUAUCUGGAGCGUUUCAGCGAUACUCUGUUAUCACGCAUUACUGUGUUGCGAUUCAUCGGGUCAUUAUCGUGAACAUAUGUAAUAAAACCUAGAGACAAAUAACCUUAAAAAAUGGAAGAGACGUGUUUGGACGACGGACUUGCGGCAAAUUUUGAAAAAGCCACAUUGGAAAUCUCCAAAGAUAUUGAUACUGCCAAGUUGACAACAGAAGGCAAUGACGACACCCUGAAACAAGAUUCAGCUUCGAAAAAUGUGUGUAAUGCGCCUUUCAGGCACAUAGAUGUUCAUACAUUCUUCGCUGAUAGGAAUGAAGUUGUAGAAAGGGCCAUACAUGACUGCACUGAAAAACUCAUCAAGGAAAACAAUGAGGAGCUUGUAGGAAGCUGGCUUCUGACAGAAAUAAGUUUAUGGGAUACAGAAAAGGAGAGACUUGUGUUACUAGCAACCAAAACUCUUUACUCUGUAAAGUAUGACUUUAUUUCUCUAAAAAUACUUAAUUAUAAUCGUGUGCCCAUACUGCUGCUGGAUACAGUAGUGAUAGGGGAGUUGAUUUAUCCAUCUACAUCUCUUGCACCACGAUUAAGUGGAUUAGCAGAGGGUGUGUCGUCCAUAAUUCAAUGUGCAGUGCGCCAAGAGUGGUCAUCUGUUGCAGGUUGUUCUGGUCUUAAUCAAUUUGAGCCUAGAAAACGACAUAUGGUGGGAAUGAGACUUAUGUGGAAUAGAGGGCAGCCCUUACCUCUAAUAAAAAAGUGGAAUCCAUUUGCAAAAGAUAUACCUUGGCUUACGUAUGCUAAUCAUCCGUUGUUCUGGUUUAAAGCAGGGACUGAAGUUGUCAAGACAAGAUUUGAUGUAGAGGUUUUUCAUUCCAUGCUUAAAAAUUUACUACCGCACGAAUGCAAUGUCGUUAAUACGCCAAUUAUAAUAGAAAAUUACUGCGGAAUUGGUGCCUUAGUGCACAAUAGGAAUGGCUUAGGUUUCUUUAAGAUACGAGGCAAAGUCAGUUUCUAAGUUCCUUGAUCUUGUAGAAUUGCAAACGCUACAAGGUAUCUUUCUGAACUUAAUGUUUUUCCUUGCUUCUUUUAGGAUUUUUCUUAUUAGAAUACACUUGUAAUCUUGUACAGUAUUUACAAAAGAAUAGUAAUUACUCUUGCGAUACAAAAUUACUUCUAUAUAUAAUUAUAUAUUAAAAUAAAGUCUGUAUGUAUACGCAAUACUGUUAGGGUCGCUUGAUCAAGGAUCAAUUAUUUCCGUAAAAUACAGAUAUUUUUCAAUACGAA